AUGGUCAGUGUGCCGGCGGCUGACGCUGCUCCGGGUCGGUCCGCAGAGGAUGCCGUGAUCCAGGGCAAGGGUGACUGUUACUUCACCAACGGCACGGAGCGAGUGCGGUUUGUGGCGAGAUACAUCUACAAUGACCAGGAAUAUGUCCGCUUCGACAGCGACGUGGGGAAGUUCGUGGCUGUCACGGAGCUGGGGCGGCCCGAUGCUGAGUAUUGGAACAGUCAGCAGGAGCUCAUGGAGGAACAUCGAGCCUACGUGGACACGCUGUGCAGACACAACUACAAUAAUAACAGGCCCUUCACGGUGGAGAGAAGAGUCCAGCCCAGGGUGACCAUCUCCCCCUCCAAGACAGAGGCCCUGCAGCACCUGCUGGUCUGCUCUGUCACUGGCUUCUAUCCAAGCAAGAUCAAGGUCAGCUGGUUCAAGAAUGGGCAGGAAGAGACAGCUGGGGUUGUGUCCACGGGUGUGAUACAGAAUGGAGACUGGACCUACCAGACCCUGGUCAUGUUGGAAGUGAUUCCCCAGAGCAGAGAUGUCUACACCUGCAGCGUGGACCAUGCCAGCCUACAGAGCCCCGUCACUGUGGAAUGGAGGGCACAGUCUGAAUCUGCCCAGAGCAAAUUGCUGAGUGGAAUUGGAGGCUUUGUCCUGGGGCUGAUCUUCCUCAGUGUAGGACUGAUCAUCCACCUGAAGAACCAGAAAGGACGCACUGGGCCUCAGCCUGCAGGCCUGCUGAGGUGAACCUCAGGAUUGUGUCCUUCAGAGAGAGUGCCUCCCAUGCCCGCU